UGGUCGUUUAGUGACACGCCCCUAUGGAGGCCUGGUGGCUUCAACACAGCGCCCCCUAUUGGUCAUUUAGUGACACGCCCCCUAUGGAGGCCUGGUGGCUUCAACACAGCGCCCCCUAUUGGUCAUUUAGUGACACGCCCCCUAUGGAGGCCUGGUGGCUUCAACACAGCGCCCCCUAUUGGUCAUUUAGUGACAUGCCCCCUAUGGAGGCCUGGUGGCUUCAACACAGCGCCCCCUAUUGGUCGUUUAGUGACACGCCCCCUAUGGAGGCCCGGUGGCUUCAACACAGCGCCCCCUAUUGGUCGUUUAGUGACACGCCCCCUAUGGAGGCCUGGUGGCUUCAACACAGCGCCCCCUAUUGGUCGUUUAGUGACACGCCCCCUAUGGAGGCCUGGUGGCUUCAACACAGCGCCCCCUAUUGGUCAUUUGGUGACACGCCCCCUAUGGAGGCCUGGUGGCUUCAACACAGCGCCCCCUAUUGGUCAUUUAGUGACACGCCUCCUAUGGGGGAUGGGAUGUUCCCCCUUGCUGGAAGAGGGGGGGGUGGCAGAGAGAAACCGUUUGAGACUGUCCCUGUGUGAGUGCGUGUAUAGAAAUCAAUUAGCCUCCCGUGUCAUUACCGUUUCAGCAGGGAAAUCAAUCCAACACAGAUGAAUGACCUGUGCGCAGUGAUGUACUUUUUUUUUAAAAGGGCCAUUUCCCAGAAA